AUGUUGUUGUGCCAGGAUUUAGACGCAGAAUCAAAAGACGUUUUGCUGCAGUUCUUCAAACUAAGUCUUCAUUUCUUUGAGUGUCUCUACGACCCAUACUUCUUCUGGAGAAAGAAACUAAAAUGUUGGCAGAUUGAUAACACAAGGCUGAAGAUUACUCCAGCACUUCUCCACAACGAAGUGGUGCCUUUCUUUCAUGAUUGUUUUCAGAAAGACAAACUGCCGACCGAUAUUCAGCUGCGACUAUUGCAUGUAUUUGGAGCCAUCAUGUCCGGGUCUCAGGAUAAUGCACUGAAGGCAAUCACCCCAGCAACUCUCGACAUUAUGCUCAAAGUUUUGUCUGCAAAGCAGCGCAACGGACCAACAAAUGAACAGAGGCAGGAGACGACGUGUUUGAAGGAACUCGUUCUCAAGAGCGUCGUCCGAAUGGUGCACGUUAUACACGGCUGUAGUCCCGAUCAGCGUCAGGUGGAGGUUGCCGAGGUGAUGGAGGGGUACAUGCAAGUGUUGUUGGAGAUGGAGCAGAAUCCAGACACAGAACCAGGAAACAACAUACAGCUGAAUAUCAUAAACACGAUUAACGAGAUGCUGAUGUGCCAAGACAGGAGUUCCCUGCAGGUUUUGUUGGUCUCUGGUGGAACAUUUGAUGCCUUUGUGUCUCUACUACAACAGGCUUUGUUGACCGGGUUUGAAGCUCAGAAACUCGCAAUGUCCGUCAUUCACGUGAUGCAGGCUAUCUUGAGUGGGUCCUCCAAGGCUAAGUCGUUGUUCAAAGACAAAGUUGGAUAUGAGAAAUUUGUGGAAGUUUUGAAAAGUCUUGGUCAACCCUCCAUGGAACUGCUGAAGUCGCUACUCAGUCUGGUUGUCGAGGACGCGUUUGUCGAGAAGGAGGAACACGUCGUCCACAACACACAGGCUGCUCUGAUGCUGCUGCAGUGGCUGCCCGACAUCCAGUCACAUGACCUCCAGAUCUGGUUAUCGCAGAGCCUGCGCUCGCUGUGUGGAGCCGGAUACCGCAACCGGAUGAAGUGCUGCAGUGAAGGCAUGAUCAGCACCAUCUUGGUCGUUCUGGAACGAGCCAAACAGAUCAACUCAACGGCCAUCGGUCAUCUGAUCGACCUGCUGGAGGUGCUGGGCACACACUCGGUGACGCGGAGAGAGCUGAAGCAGCUGAUUGGUCACUUGAGGCUGGAUGAGGACGGGCAGCACAGACCGUACAGCACGCGCAUCAUGCGGGCCAUCGCGAUGAUGGCGAGACGGGAGGGACGGGAUGGAGGAGCCCUGUACUUCUACGAUAUCCAGUCUCCUACAGACGGUAUAGCUCUCCCAGGAUACCGGAAGUGGCCGGGACAGGCAUACGCAAUCCACGUGUGGCUGUGUCUGGAUGUGGAGUUUGAACUUGAUGAGAGCAUCGCGAACACCGGUCAGUUCAGAAGACAACUCUACCAUUUUCCGAGUAACCUGGGCCACGGCUUCGAGGCAUUCUUCACCCCGGACUGUGAGCUGGUGGUCGCCGUGUACAGUAAGAAGGAGUACUGCACAGCCACCGUCGAAGACGCUUCUCUCAAGGACGGCAAAUGGCAUUGUGUCGACAUUUGUCACACCAACUCUCGCCGGCCGUUUUCUCAGAGCCAGCUGACCGUGUACAUUGAUGGCACGAAGAAACUGACCGCUCACCUCAAGUUCCCCAACAUGACCGAGCCAUUUUCAAAUUGUCGAAUUGGCUCCCCGGGUGUGAAGACUGCCAUGGACAUUCUGAUGAGCUCAUCGUCGUCUUCGUCGCACGAUCGCAGGAGCAGGUGGAUGCUGGGAAGUCUGUUUCGCGUUGCCUCGAAGAAGUCUGAUGCGAAUGAGCCAUACCUUGGUAACAUUACAGGAGGCAAACAGGAUGAAUUCUGGGGACCUCCUAUUGCAAUUCAUGGGCAGAUUGGCACCAUAUGUAUUUUCUGUGAUGUCCUACAUGUGAACCAAGUGAAAGCAUUGCACGCUCAAGGACCAAACGAGAUGAACAUGUUCUAUGACAACCCAGAGCUGUGUGACCUUGUCAACAAGCUGCUGAUCCACUACAACGCAAAGGCCUGCAAGGGAAACGUGUGCUUUGAUCUGUCUCCACACCAGAACCACGGCCAGCUGAAGGGAGUAACCUGCGAGAUGUGGGAUAUCAAGGAUGUCAUUCACACAAUAGGAGGCAUUGAAGUUUUGUUUCCUUUACUGGAGCAAUGCGACACGGUUCCGCCACCCCCGCAAUCGACCGACAUAACGCCAGAAGACAGUCCCACUGUGGAGACUAGGGGAGACUGGGUGGUAGUGCCUGGUAGCUCCUACACAGAUUGGAGGUUGGUACAGAACCAGGUGGCCGCGUUCCUCACUCUGUUGAGGAACUUCCUGCAGACAAAAGACGCGAACCAGGCAUCGUUCAUACGCACAGAGGGAGCUGCCACCGUCGCUGCUCUCUUACAAAAGGUGAAGCCUGAGUUGAUCGACGUGAAUGUUCUGAUGUCCGUCCAGCUGCUGGUCGAGUCGUGUUCAGUGGACAACGUGAUCCUCGAGCAGCACUUCUACCGCUACAUCCUGUUUGACUUCCGCGUCUGGAGCAAGAGCGACUUCCCAGUUAGAAUUGGUCACAUCCAGUAUUUGUCGACCAUCAUCAAGGAACACAAGAAGCAGUUCAGGAAGAAGUACGGGACGCAGUAUUUCCUGGACGUCAUUCGGAUGUACUACAGUGUGUCGACUGACGGUGGUUUGUCUGACGAGGACCGCCGGACGAUCCGCGUGUCUCUGGUCAACCUGAUCAAGUUCUACAUCGUCAAAGACAUCACCAUCGACGAGCUGGCCAGCAUUAUCAGCUUCCUCACCGUCGUCAAACAGGAAAACAUUAUCUGUGAGAUCCUUGACCUGCUGCUGUCCCUGCUGGAGAGACACAACAAGUACGACCAGCUCUAUCUGCUGCUGCUUGAGCCUCACAUGUCUGAGCUGCUGUACGUCCUGCUCACCUACAGCAACUACACGGUCGGCUUCUACGAGAAAAUCAUCAAGGUUCUACAUCGUCUUCUCAAGACGGACCGGGUGUAUGAGAAGAGUAAAAACCGACUACGUCUGCUUGAUGUCGGGCAUUACGGUCUGGUCUGUCUGAUGCAGGGCUACCAGCUGUCUGUGGGAGUGGUUAAACAAUUAAUCAACCAGGUGUCUUACACCGAAACAGCCCAGACAUACAGUGCGGUUCUAGCCAUUUUGACCCUGUUUCACAAUGGUGGUUUUGAUGUUAAACUGGAAGCAAGCCGACAGCUACUACAAAUUCUCGUAUCAAAACUGGGAGCUGCCAAGGCCUUUGCCAAACAGCUGUGCUGGCAUGAAACCAUUGUACGUUUGUUAGUUCAAGGACCGCUCACUGUGAAUGCGGAAUCGAUGAACUCUGGCGUUGAAGUCACCGACAACUGUCUAACGCUGAAUGGCCAGACACUAAACCCAUUAGUCGAGGUCAGAGAAAAUACUGGAGAGAAGGAAAUGUGCAUCUCGUGUGAACCGCCAACAGCCCCUAGUGGCGGCGCGACGCGGCCGACAGAUUUAGACAUUGCAAACAAUGCCAACAACAACAACUGCUCGAUGACUUCAUCAUUGGGGACGGGACUUUCGUCGAACACACCGUUGUUCAUCCAAGCGCAGCGUGAUGAUCUGCUGCCCAGCUCAGACGAAGACCGGUCGCGGUCGAUGAGUCGCAGCACCAGCACGAGCACCGAGGAUGUGAGUAGUCCGCAGUCAGGUCACAGGAGGUCGUCGCCGAUCCCUGCAAACACCAGCGACCGCAGUGACUCGCCCACGCUCAGGGCCCGCAGACUGUCGGCCGCUCAGACGGAAACGUUGAAACAGGCACUGGAGAACAUCGGCGUGCGGGCGUCCGUCUCGGGCUUGACGGAGCACACAGAGCUGAGCGAGGAGCUGUGUGAGAACCUGCUGGUCGCGCUGGUCACAAUCGCGUGGAAGGGAACGGAGGGCUCCGACAGACAAGCCUGGAAGGUGAGAGGACAGGUGUUUGCCUGCUUGGAUUUCAUCAGCGAGAGCCACAUCCUCAUUCGACCGAAGAACGAACUCAAGCGGCGCUUGUUUGAAAUGAUGCUUCACUCGUGCACAUCCGACAUCAAAGACGCCGGACAGCCAAUAGCUCACCUUACGGAGAAUGCCGUGGAGCUCGUCCGAUUAUUGAGGAAUUUCGUCACAGACGACAGCCAUGAAUGUGACAACAAAUACAGUGAGCGACUUCUCGACGAGGUGAUGUCACUACUUGAUGUGUUGGGGGUGUGGCUUACGGACGGUAACGGCUGGAAGGAGAUGGUUCAUCUUGGCUUCAGUAUUCUACUGACGUUCGCAAAGCUACCAAAUCUUGACAUGUGUGCUGUAGCAACGGCCAAGCUCCACGCCCUGGUUCAGACUCAGCUGAUCAGCAGUUCGGCCGAGGCGUCGUACAUCAUCGGCUGUCUCGACUCCAUCAUACUGAAGGCAGUCGAAGAAAACACUGACAACUACGCGUUUGUGAUCCCGGUCCUGAAGGCGCUGGUGGACAAGGGCUACGUGUUGCUCAACAUGGAGGUCAGUCUGCCCAACCUGCCCCACACGUCCAUGAGUCCAACCUUCUUCGACGACUUCCGCCAAUACUGCUGCAGCGACGAGUGGCGCAACUUCGUCACCAACUACAUCUACCCUCAGCGCCAUCACUUCAUGGACUCGAGUUUCAGCGAGUCGCACAGUCAGACCAACUCGUUCUGGCGCCAGUGUUCCGAGGAGCUCAUGCUCAGCGUGCACAAGAGAAAUCGGGAAAUCGGGGACAGCAAGCUCAAGUUCGAGCACCAGAUUGUUGAUGUGUUCAAGUCGACCGUGGCCAAGGAGCAGCGCCGGUUCCAGAAUGUGAGCACACAACAACGGAACCAGUAUCUGUCGAUACGGCGACGGUGGCGUGCAACCAAGCGCUUCUUCAAGAGUGAUCGCGGAGUGUGGAACACUGGGAAUACUUGUGAAACUAGCCACUGGAAGCUGUCGAAUCAGGAGAACUUUUCUCGGAUGAAAGUGAAGAUGGUGCAGAAUUAUAAUUUUGAUCCUCAUAUUGAGGCCAGCCGAGACAGAGAUAACGUAGGAAUCGAUGUUUUGAAGGACGGAGAACCCGAGAAUAUUAUUGUUGUUAAGGAAGCGCUGGUUUCCCAGGAGGACAUUGCUGAUGACACGCUAGGAGACGAGGACUGGAAUGUGAUCAGUACCUCCAGUGCUGUGAAUGACGAGUAUUCUGGGAAGGAAAAGUUGGUGAUAUCGGAGGACUGCGACCUCAUCACGCUGGUCAGCGUGGUUCAAGGUCGUCUGGAGGUCACCACCACUCAUGUCUACUUCUUUGACCUGAGUCCUGUCAAGGAAGAAGGUGGAGAAGACUUCAAGUGGAUGUUGUCACAGUUACGGGAGAUUCACUUCCGACGGUACAAUCUGCACCGCAGCGCCCUUGAGAUGUUCCUUGUGGACCAGACGAACUACUUCCUGAACUUCUCCAGCAAGUCAGUGCGGAACAAGAUCUACAGUCGGAUACUGAGUCUGAGACCUCCAAAUGUCAGUUACCAUGGCACCCGGUCACCGGCCGACUUGCUGCGAGCGUCAGGAUUGACUCAGAAGUGGGUUCAGCGAGAAAUCUCGAACUUCGACUACCUAAUGCAGCUGAACACAAUUGCUGGCCGCACGUACAAUGACUUGAGCCAGUAUCCCGUGUUUCCGUGGAUCCUGUGCGACUAUUCCUCUAAAAUCCUGGAUCUGGAGAGUCCAUUCAUCUACCGCAAUCUGUCGAAACCGAUGGGCGUCGUUAAUCCACGCAAUGAGAAGGAGGUUCAGCAAAAGUUUGAGACGUUUGAAGACCCCAGUGGGAUGAUUGAGAAGUUUCACUACGGCACUCACUACUCGAACGCAGCCAGUGUCAUGCACUACAUGGUCCGCUUGGAGCCGUUCACGACGCUACACAUACAGCUGCAGAGCGGAAAGUUUGAUGUGGCAGACCGUCAGUUUCAUUCAAUACCUGGAAGUUGGCAGUCACUUUACGACAAUCCGAAUGACGUCAAAGAAUUGAUUCCCGAGUUCUUUUACCUCCCAGAAUUCCUUGUCAAUUCUGACAAGCUUGACUUGGGUCGACUACAGCUGACUCAGGAACCCGUCAGUGAUGUCAUUCUGCCACCAUGGGCGGAGACGCCAGAAGAAUUCAUCUACAAACACAGACAAGCUCUAGAGUCGGAGUAUGUGUCUAACAACCUACAUAACUGGAUCGAUCUCAUCUUUGGUUACAAACAGAAAGGACCGGCUGCGGUUGAAGCUCUCAAUGUCUUCUAUUACUGUACUUACGAAGGUGCUGUUGACCUGGAUGCUAUAGAGAAUGAGCAGGAGAGGAAGGCGCUGGAGGGGAUGAUCAACAACUUCGGGCAAACGCCCACACAGCUUCUCAAGGACCCACAUCCUCGUAGACUGGCGUUUGAAGAUGCUGUAGCCAAAGCAAUAAAGAACGGAAAACCACUGAGCAUCUUCUACUUCCUGUUUCAGUUGAAACCAUUCUUUGUCGAGGUAUCAAGUGAACAGGAUCCUCUAGUGUUUGUACAUGUGCCGAGGAGUCAGUUCAAGUCAAUUGUGCAGUACGGAACUCCGGAUAGUAUGAUAACCGUCACGGAGAAUGGAAUUGUGGGAGUCCACGGUUGGCUGCCGUUUGACAAGUCUAUCUCCAACUACUACACAUUUGAAAAGGACCCAUCCAUGCUGAACUCAAAAACGAGAAAAAGAGUAGGAGGUCCAUUUGCACCAGACUUGAAGGUCGAACCAAAGUUGUUUAUGGUAUCCCAGGAUGCAAAGCUGCUGUUCAGUGUCGGUUACUGGGACAACAGUUUUCAGGUGUAUCACCUCGGCAAGGGCAAACGUAUCAACCAUAUCGUCAGACAUAUUGACAUAGUAACAUGUCUGAGCCUAGACUACUGUGGUAACCAGCUAAUAACCGGAUCACGGGACACAACUUGUAUCAUCUGGCAAAUACAACAGCAGGGAGGAUACAGCCACAACGUGAACAACGAACCUCUCCAGGUUCUGUACGGCCACAACGCCGAGGUGACUGCCGUCCACAUCUCCGUAGAACUGGACAUGGCUGUCUCCUGUUCACAGGAUGGCUUGGUAAUACAGCACACAGUUCGGAAAGGUCAUUAUGUGCGCACUCUGCGACCCCCGUGUGACCCGCACUGCUCUCUGACUAUCCCCAUGUUGUGUGUCAGUGAGAUGGGGCAGAUCAUAGUCUACACCCAGCAACACAACUCUGAGAACGAGGAGAAGCACAGCGUUCAUUUAUACUCUGUGAACGGGCGUCACUUGUUCAUGGAUGCCCUCCGCUUCCCGCUCAAACACAUGGCCAUCUCGGGCGAUCACCUCGUACUCGGUGACAACCAGGGACACCUCAUGUUCAAGGAACUCUUUGGCCUCAAACACAUCAACACUCUGUCGCUCCUGGUGCCCGUCACGUGCAUCUCCAUCCUUCACGGAGCCAGCCACAUUCUCAUUGGUCUCAAAGAUGGAAAACUAAUCAUCGUCGGGGUCAAGGGGAAGCCUGUGGUUAGAUGAACUUUGACACAUGUAAUUAGCCAAUGAACACAGCCUUCUUUGUUAUCCGGUUUCUGGUGAAAACAUUUGGUGCAAAUUAUAAAGUUAUCUGAAGAUUUCUGAGCAAGACGAUGAUGACAAGAACACGAGGACAUGGGUUCACUGAAUACACGAGGACAUGGGUUCACUGAAUACACGAGGACAUGGGUUCACUGAAUACAUGGGUUCACUGAAUACACGAGGACAUGGGUUCACUGAAUACACGAGGACAUGGGUUCACUGAAUACACGAGGACAUGGGUUCACUGAAUACACGAGGACAUGGGUUCACUGAAUAGCACAUGAUGUUCUUAUGCUAAACCAAGAUGAGUUUAUCAUAUCACAGCAGACAAAAGUUAGGCACCACACCAUUCGGGUUUGGUCCCAUGUUUCACAAAUUGUGUUUCUUGGUGUGUUUUUUUUAGUUCUUUGCUUUGAAAAAAAAAAAUGUAUGUUAGUAAUACAAUUUACUAGUUCAUUACAAAACUGAACACCUUUCAAACAAUUCCUGGUAUUGCCUGUGGAUGUUUCUCCUAUUGAUGAUAACAUUGAUGUAAACUACUUCCAACCUGUGUAGAUCGUGAAUCGUCAAUAUUAGGAUUACCUCCACCCAUGCCCUCAAAUACCAGAAAGUGUUAGGAUUGCUUCCAUCCAUGCCCUCAAGUACCAGAAGGUGUUAGGAUUACCUCCACCCAUGCCCUCAAGUACCAGGAAGUAUUAGGAUUACCUCCACCCAUGCCCUCAAGUACCAGAAAGUGUUAGGAUUACCUCCACCCAUGCCCUCAAGUACCAGGAAGUGUUGGGAUUACCUCUACCCAUGCCCUCAAGUACCAGGAAGUGUUGGGAUUACCUCCACCCAUUCCCUUGACAACUAGAAUGUAUUAGGAUUACCUCCACCCAUUUCCUUGACAACCAGAAUGUGUUAGGAUUGCUUCCACCCAUUCCCUCGACAACUAGAAUGUAUGGUGAAUUGUCAGUGAUUAAGAAUAAUAUAGCAGACUGUGUAAUUGUAUAUAAAUUAACAGAACAAUAUAGCAGACUGUGUAAUUGUAUAUAAAUUAGAAAUUUUCCUCAGAGGACAGGUUUAGUUCAAAGAAAACAUAAUAUAAUAGACUGUUAUAAUUUUCUUUCUUUUUUCUUUUUAAAAAAAAUAUAUUGAUAUUAUAAUUUAAGAUGUUAUAACUGACAGAUGCAUAUAUUUAUUUUUUAAAAGUGUUGCUGUUUUUAAAACGCUAUGUUUUAUUAAUAUGGUGAUAAAAGUGUUCUUACGAAUUGUUGUACUUGUGCAUUAACGUACGGUGACCUUAAUACAUUUGCUCAUCUGUAAGAUGUUAUUUUGUGUGUUUAUAUACUGAAACAAAUAAGGGAUCACUUUGUAUUAUCGACCAGUGUUUAAUUAAUGUGUGUGUGUGACACAGUAGGCUUCUUGUACUGUAUGUGUGUGUGUGUGUGUGACACAGUAGACUUCUUGUACUGUAUGUGUGUGUGUGUGUGUGACACAGUAGGCUUCUUGUACUGUGGAUGAGGAUAUGACACAGUAGACUUCUUGUACUGUGUGUGUGUGUGUGUGACACAGUAGACUUCUUGUACUGUAUGUGUGUGUGUGACAGUAGACUUCUUGUACUGUAUGUGUGUGUGUGUGACACAGUAGACUUCUUGUACUGUGGAUGAGGAUAUGACACAGUAGACUUCUUGUACUGUAUGUGUGUGUGUGACACAGUAGACUUCUUGUACUGUGUGUGUGUGUGACACAGUAGACUUCUUGUACUGUAUGUGUGUGUGUGUGUGUGACACAGUAGACUUCUUGUACUGUAUGUGU